CGUCCCGUUGGCUUCAUCGACUGCUCGGUCUGCAUCCUCCGUCGAUAGUCCUUCCCAGCCAGCUACUUCCCAAUGACACUCAUACCCAUCGUUGACUCCAAGGCACCGCGCGUGCUCAAGCUCCAGCUCAUGCCGAAGGGGCCGCAGGUGCACGCUCUUGACUAUGACAAGCGAAUGAUGGAUCUGUCCGAUUCGCAUCGGUCCGAGAUGCGCAAGAAGCUCUAUGGAGACGACCGAGACAACCGCACGAUGCCCUACAGCUAUCUCGAGGCCGGCACGCACCAGCUGUGCUAUGCCGACGAAAAGCCGCCGCCAUGGAAAUCGACGAUGCAGGGGGACUACAUCACCAAGCGUCUGGAUCGUACCGAGCUUCAUCGAGUCAACGCCGAGAACAGCGAAAUAUCGGCAUUCAUCAAAGCCUCUCAUUUCAAGAUUGAAGGGCCCGAGUCGACCUCGGAGACGCCCAUCAGCACCACCCGCCGAGACUUUGCGACAAAAUCGAUGCAGAGCGUCGGAAAACACGACCCGAAGAGACUCAUGGAGUCCUACCAGGCGUUUCCUCCAAUCUAUCGAGACGAGCAUCUCGAGACGACAAGGUCCCAGUACCAAGAGUCGUUUUCCUCACGAUCGGGGAUAAAGGAUGUCUCUGUGGUCCAUGCCAAGGUUCCAACUGGGACCCACAUCAGUCUCGGCGGCGACUCGCCGGACUGGGAGUCUGUCACAAGCCGUGCUUAUCACCAAUCCCCCAAGCUCGGCCGUGUCGAUCGAGUGCUGGUCAAGAAAGUCGAGGCCAAGAGCUCGGUCCUGGACAACCCUGACGGGGAAGUCGACCCCAACCUCGAUCGCUCCAAGUUGAUGGUCGACACCAAGGGAUUCAUAAGCGAGAUCAAGGCCACGCACUUCACGCUCGGCAACUCGACCGACAACCAGCCGCGGUCGCAGUAUCAGGCAUCUUUCAUCCAACAUGGAGUCGACAGCGUCCCUGCCACACAACGGUUCCGCUACAUCCCCAGCAACGUACACUUUGAGGAAGAAGAGACCACGCCGUUCAAGUCGACAAGCUCACACCACAUUGACUUUCAGCAGAAGAAGCUCAAGAGCAGCGGCAUCAUCGUCGAGGGCAAUGGCCGGGCUCAGGAAACCAAGCACUCGGAUGGACACACAUCCGUUUCCCUCGGCACCGACAGCAACGAACCAGCCACCUCGGUCACGACGCUCUCCUAUCCGUCGCCCAAUAGCCGCGACCCCGAAGUCUACCGCAACCGCAGCACCUUCCGGUUCCGUUCUCAAUACAACCCAAUCUCGAAUGAGCCGGACGACCAGUCGCGCCAGCAAAGCCUCACCCGAUCCAACUUUCUGCCAUUCGAUCAGCGAGCCGUCAGGUCGAUUGGGCGAGCGGCUGGGCACGUCGCUGGCGUUCACGACUAUUCCCAGGGCCACUCCGACCCUCAUCCCGCUGGCUCAGGCGACGGAGAGCUCAAUCUACUGCACGAUUAUCGGCAGGUCAACGAGGCCGGAAACGCCACCAAGGCCUUCUUGAGAGGCCACCACUUUGAGCUUGGAUCUGGGGCGUCUCCGGGCACGGGUCCGACGUCGCAUUCGGAGCACUUCCAGAACGUCAAGCCCACAGACAAGGCCGAGCCGGUGCCGCUGGACUAUUCCUAUGAGACAACCUUGCAAAACACGGUGACGAGAUACCCCAUGGACUCGGCGACGUUCGAGUCCGUCAGCCAAAAGACAUACGGCAACUUCCCUUUCGCCCCCGACCCAGCCUUGCCCGUCCCGGCCAAGCCCGACACGAUCCAAGAGUACAUCUCGACGUUCCCAACGGCCUCGCACUUGCCAAAGCGUCCUCGGCCUGCGAGCACCUCUCGCUCUGCACCAGCGGCCGGAGCCGAGUCCGCCGGCUUGAGCGCCUACCACGAGCAAGCACGUGGGUCGGUGGCCGGGUCUGCCCCCGCUGUCUUCAAGCCGGACAUGUCGACAGUCACCCGCCGCAGCUUUGUCCCGCCCGAGGUCAUGGUCUACAAGCAGCCCACCGAUAUCCAUCUCGACUUUGACCUCAAGCGGCAGUGGGAAAAGCAGUACCCCGAGGCCGCUGCGGCGCUGCGAGAGCGACACAGGCGAACGGCAGAAUCAGCCGCAGUCGCAUCUGCCUGAGGAAGCUCGAGCCGCUGAAAGCACAAAUUCCAAACUCCAGGCUCCAAACUCCAAACUCCAAACUCCAAACUCACCAGCAAUACCACAAGAAGACGCGGCUUAUCGCGCCUGACUUUUCAGAAACAGGUCGGGGACUGUGUUUCUCGGUCUGCUCGAUCUCGAUGCGGCCCGAAUUAGGCCCUUCUCCCUCAAGCCUCAAGUCCCAAUCACACCACACUACACCACACCUCACCACACCUCACCAUACUUCAUCACAUCACAUCUACAUGCCCGUCCGACAACAGGGCCACAAGAUGACACUGCCGCGGAUCCGACAGGCUCUGUUUGGAAACAC